AGCUUAAUUCAUAAAAAUAAUCGUUAAUUUAUCAAUUUAACGAUUUAAUGUACCAAUACAUUCGAAUUAUUCCGAUGUAUAAUAGAAGCUUCUUAUUCUUAUUCUUAAUAAUGAUAAUAAUCAAAUGAGCUACUUUUACAAGAUAAAAUAACAGCCAACAGGGUAAUUUUAAUUAAUUUUUAAGGAGUCAUCUAAAGCCAAACAACCAAGAGUGAAGUGAAUUUUGUAGUUAGAAUAGUCUUUAAAAUUAAAAUAAGUUAUAAUAUAAAUAUAACAAUAUUAUCACUUUCUAACCUAACAAUAUUGUCAAAAAAAAGUAUCCCAUAUUUGAAUUUCAAAGAGAUAUGAGCAAGGAGAAUGGAUCAUCUCCUUGUAAUUUUCACAGGAAGGAUUAAUGUUUAGAUAUUGAUCUUCCAUCUCUUAUUAUUUACACUUGCUUAAAAAAAACUCUUAUUUUAUUUUACACCAUACUCAACUUGCAAUAAAAAAACUUGUGGCUAGGAUAGGAUUUGACUGAUCCACUUUACAAUUACAAUGAAGAUUAUCUUAACUAAAAUUAAGAAUGAAAUAAUCGCUUUUAAUUACUCCCAUCCUAUGAAAUUGUAACCAUUUUAACUUCUUUUUUUGAAAAUACAAUAUAUAAUUGAAAAAAGUAAAAUGAAUGGCACUAAUCAACAUUUUAUUUCCUCAUAUGAAACUGUCACAUAAACGAUCCAUAUAAAAGAAGAGGGCAUUAUGGUAAUUAUGAGUGAUAUAUCUCCCCAACUAAUUCCAUUCAUCAAAUCAACCCAACAUGUAACGUAGUCUUCAAGUGAUAGUAACAGCUAACGUAACGACAACAACUUCACAGCAUCUUAUUCUCUUCUAUGCUUCUUCCUCCACUAUCAUCUUCUUCUUCUUCUUCCCCCAAUUCCACUUUCAUUAUACCUCUCUCUCUCUCUCUCUCUCUCUCUCUCAAUGCUACUCUCACUUUCAUCCUCUUCACACCACUGAACUAAGCUUCAAUUCCAAAUUAAGGGCAUUUUCGGAAUGAAUCGUAGUUUCAGAGCUACGGAAUCGCAAAUGCGAACUGCGUUAAGACAGAGUCAAUUAGAGGUUUUCAGAUCGUCUUCGUUUGUUAUUGAUAGAGAUGACGAACUUGCAUUGUUUCAUCAGAUGAAGAAUUGUGAGAAUGAGAAUGAUGAUCUUUUGCUCCGAGAUUCCGCUGAGGAAUUCGUUGAUGCAGCAUUUGGCUCAAAUCGAAGGAGUUCUCGCUUAUUUGACAUUUCAUCAUCUACUGAUGCUCCUAUGCGUAAGACUGGGGCUGAUGAUUUUCUCAAUUCUGAAAUUGAUAAGAAUGAUUAUGAGUGGCUUCUAACUCCUCCUGGGACUCCACUUUUUCCUUCUUUGGAGAUGGAGACUAAAAAAACUGUUAUGAGUCAGCUUAGUGCUUCAACCACACGUCCCAUGGCACUAAAAUCUAGAUUGGCAAAUCCUCCAUCAGAGCAUAGCAGAAGGACCAACUUGGGAUCCAAGCAACAAGCUUCUUCUCCUGGGUUGAGCUCUUCAGGUGGUGGAACCAGGAGGCCCUUAUCAUCAUCAGGGAAUCCUGGAUCAAGACCUGCAACUCCCACAGGACGGUCUACAUUAACCACAUCUUCAAAAUCAUCUAGACCUUCAACACCUACUUCUCGUACAUCCAUACCUUCAACACCUAAUUCUCGUACAUCCAUACCUUCAACUAGGACAACUGUAGCCACGACCAAACCCGUUGUUUCUUCUACUAAGACUACAGUUCCUUUCAUCAAAACUACUACGGUUCCUGCAACUAGAUCCACAAUUCCUUCAGCAAAGCUCACAGUUCCCUCAGCUAAACCCACAGUUCCUUCUAGGUCCUCUACACCCUUGUCAAGAAAUACUACAAGACCUUCAACACCAACAAGCAGGCCUACCUUAUCUACUUCUAGGCCUGCAUCAAGGGCAUCAACGCCUACUCGGCGACCAUCCACACCAUCAAAUGCAUCCAGCAUAUCUGCUCCUCCAGAUAAAACUUCUUCAAUCUCCAAGCCAACUCCGGUGGUGUCAAAGCAGCCAAUACCAUCACGUGGAACUUCACCCACAGUGAGAUCAAGACCAUGGAAGCCAUCUGAGAUGCCCGACUUUUCGCUCGAUGCUCCACCCAAUUUGAGAACGACACUUCCUGAAAGAUCAAUUUCAGCAACUAGGGGAAGACCUGGAGCACCCUCUGCACGCUCUUCGUCUAUUGAGCCUGCUUCUAGUGGCAGACCAAUGAGACAGUCAUGCUCUCCUUCUAGAGGACGGCCUGCCAAUGGCAUUUCUCAUACAAGUGGAAGCUCUAUGCCUGCAGUUAAUCGUGGAUACUCCAAAGUAAAUGACAAAGUCAGUCCUGUUGCAAUGGGCACAAAAAUGGUCGAGAGAGUAAUAAACAUGAGAAAACUAGCACCUCCUAGGCCGGAUGUCAAAAACUCUCCCCGUAGUCUAUCUGGCAAGUCAUCUUCAUCACCUGACAACUCUGGUUUCGGAAGAACACUCUCGAAGAAAUCCUUGGAUAUGGCUCUGAGACAUAUGGAUAUAAGAAAAAGGCUUCCAGGAAAUUUACGGCCAUCGAUGACAAACAUUCCAGCUUCUUCAAUGUAUAGCGUGCGAUCAGGAUAUCAGCGUGGCCUAACUGUUAGUGUCUCGGGUUCUCCACAUGCCACUAGCAGUAAUCCUGGUUCUGAACUGAGUGUAAACCAAAAUGGUCUUUAUUCAGAUUAUAGUGAAGUAGAUUAUUAUGAUAUGGUGAGUGACAAAGGUGGUCAAUCUCCUGUAAGUGUGCGGGGCAGGUACAAACCAUCAUACUGAGUUUUAGAGAUAGUGGAUUUUCAUUUGGAGCUUCAAUGCUUCUAUUGAUUGUAAAGUUUAUUGGAAAAUUAUACAACCUUGUGUAAUUGAAGGUAUUUGUAUUUAUAUGUUAUGUAGAUCAAUUAUAUGCUGAAAUGGUAAUACUCUAAUUUUUUAUA